GAGAGCCGGCCGCACGACCACCAGGAUGGGGUUGAUUAGUUACGUCUGUCGUCAGGGUGAAAGGUCAGGGGGCGGUGUGGUCGGCCGGGGCCGAGACGGAUCCGCGGCGAUCCUCCAGCCUCUGCUGUGAGCUUACACUGGAUCUCGAGUUUGUGUGUGUGUGUUUGUUCGGGAGAUGGCGCAGGCUGCGCGGCCGGUCCUGAGCCUGGGCCUGGGCCUGGGCCUGUGUCGGGGUCCGGUGCCGGUGGCGCUCCGCUCGCUGGGACUCAGGGGGAUUUGUAGACCCCGCUCCAACAGGCAGGCUCAACCUCUGCAAAGCCAGCCGCCCCGCCGGCCCGUCAGAGCGCCGUGUACAGAACCAGACCUGAAUAGUUUUGCCUUACGGACCCAUACUUGUGGAGAGCUGUGUACUGCUCACAUUGGUCAAGAGGUCAGACUCUGUGGCUGGGUUCAGUAUCAGAGACAGGGUAUCUUUAUUGUGCUGAGAGAUUUUGAUGGGUUAACACAGAUUGUUAUACCCCAGGAGAAGUCUGCUGCAGACCUCAAGAAGAUAUUGAGCGAACUUCCUCUGGAAUCUGUAAUUGCUGUCACUGGAACAGUGAUUCCCCGACCACCAGGACAAGCGAAUUUGGAGAUGCCAACAGGAAAAAUUGAAGUGCGAAUGCAGAAUGCUGAGAUUCUCAACAAAUGUAGGAAACUGCCUUUUGAAAUUAAGGAGCUUGUAAAGAAAUCAGAAGCACUGCGCAUGCAAUACCGCUACCUGGAUCUGAGGAGUUCCCAGAUGCAGUAUAGCUUGCGACUGCGGUCCCAGAUGGUAAUGAAGAUGAGAGAGUAUCUCUGUAAUUUACAUGGUUUUGUCGAUGUGGAGACUCCAACAUUAUUUAAGAAAACUCCUGGUGGAGCCAAGGAAUUUGUGGUGCCCUCAUUGGAGCCAGGGAAAUUUUACUGCCUCCCACAGAGUCCUCAACAAUUCAAGCAGCUUCUGAUGAUAGGAGGGCUGGACAGGUACUUCCAAGUGGCUCGCUGUUAUAGAGAUGAGGGAUCAAAGCCAGACCGACAACCUGAAUUUACCCAGAUCGACAUUGAGAUGUCCUUUAUAGACCAGGCAAGGAUACGGAAGCUGAUAGAAGGGCUGAUAGAAUAUUCCUGGCCAGAGGAGAAAGGAGAUAUUGACAUCCCUUUCCCAUCAAUGACUUACGCAGACGCCAUGGACAGUUAUGGCGUUGACAAACCUGAUACUCGUUUUGGAAUGAAGAUCGUUGAUGUUAGUGAAAUGUUCAGAAAUACAGAGAUUUCCUUCCUGCGUAAUGCACUUUCCCAUCCACGUGGUUCAGUGCGGAUGAUCUCAGUUGCUGAUGGAGUGAAAUAUUUUAAAAAGAGAGAUUUUGAAAACCUUACCCAAUUGGCAAAAUCACAGUUUAAUCAGGACUUAACGUUUGUUACAUUGCAACCUGAUGGCACAUGGAAAUCUGCAAUUUCCAAAUUCCUUACAGAUAUGGAGAAAUCGCAGCUAUGUCACAUAACAAAUAUUCAAAAAGGUGAUGUGCUGAUUCUUGCAGCAGGAGAUUGGACAAAGGCAAAUGCUGCAUUAGGGAAAUUGCGGCUGGAGUGUGCAGAUAUUUUGGAAUCUAGAGGUGUCACCCUCAGAGAUCCAGGCAUAUUCAAUUUCCUUUGGAUCAUCGAUUUUCCACUGUUUCUACCAAAAGAAGACAAUCCUGAAGAGUUUGAAUCGGCUCAUCACCCAUUUACUGCACCACAUCCAGAUGAUAUCCAUCUCAUCUACACAGAGCCUAACAAGGUGAGGAGUCAACAUUAUGACUUGGUGUUAAACGGCAAUGAAAUAGGAGGAGGCUCCAUUCGAAUACAUAAUAUGGAGUUGCAGAAAUACGUCCUUGAGACAAUACUAAAGGAAGACAGUGGGUUGUUAUCACAUCUACUUGAGGCACUAGAUUCCGGAGCACCACCCCAUGGCGGGAUUGCAUUGGGUUUGGACAGACUUUUAGCUCUUAUAGUUGGAGCAUCAAGUAUCAGGGAUGUCAUUGCUUUUCCAAAGUCCUUCAGAGGUCGUGAUCUUAUGUGUAAAGCACCAGACUAUGUUAGCCCUGAAGAGCUGAAUCCAUAUCAUAUUCAGGUCAACUGGCCAACAGAAGACAACGCUAAGUCAUGAUUUACUGUAGUGACUGGUAACACGUAAAAGCAAAUAUGCACAGGAACUCUAAUUGGAAUUUGGAUCAUAUUAGUUUGCACCGUUUCUAUGGCUUGGGACCAAUAAAAUCAUUGAAAACUUGUGGCAGGAGCAGCUCUCUGCUAUGGUGGUAUGUUUAGUGUGUCUAUUGAUCAGAUUUCAAUUUCUGAAUAAUGUUUCAAAUUUAUGGUCAUUUAAAGUUAAUUAAAUUACAGGAUCCUUCACUUAGAAAUGCCAUCCCAAAGAGUGUUGUAAUUUUAAAGAUCUGACAUAUGAACAUUUCCUGUGCUUAAGAAUAGCUAUUUUAUAUUGUGCUGCAUUGUGUUCCAAUUUGCGUACAAAUCAACUUGCAAACGGACUCGAGAACAGAUCUCGUUCACAACCGGGGACUGCCUGCAGUAGAAAAUGAUUUUUUUUUAAACUAAAAGGUCUUUGCCUUGUAAACAUACCAGACCUCUGAAGACUUAGCACAAUGUCCUAUGCAGGUCCAGAGGAUCGUGCUAAAUUAUUCUCUUUUUCACUUUAAUGCCUGAAUGUAGUUGAUCUGUUUUCAGUCAUAACGCUCCCUCUAUGAUCUGGCCAAAAUAUGUUUAGUAUGGGAAGCAUCAGACAAUUUUAUUUUUGUCUGUCUUCUUUCUUUUCUUUCAAACUCAUUGUAGCAGUAGUCCGAAAUUUAUAGUCCAACAGGUUUAUUUCUUCAUCUGACAAAGGAGAAGCGCUCUGAAAGUGUGUGAUUUUAAAUAAACCUGUUGGACUAUAAUCUGGUGUUGUGUGACUUCUGACUUUGUCCAACCCAGUCCAACACUAGCAUCUCCACAUCAUCGUUGCAAUAGUGUCCAUGUUUGUUCAAUUAUUUGAAUAAUAUGUAUUAAUUCCUGUUCAUUAAUUCUUGGAUCACAGUGACGUUAUUCAUGAUAUUGCCUUCUCCAUCUGGUACAGAAAGCCUCAACCACAUUUUUGUUACCUCCAACUAUGACUAUUCCAACACAAACCUAGUUGAUUCUCAGGCUAUAUAUUCUGUAUAAGCUCAGUCAUCCAAAUGUCUGCUACCCAGACCAUAUAACUUGCAUGAAGUUCUGUUCACCCAUUACCCAAGUGCUUUUUGGCCUAUAUUAUGUCUUGGUUAAACCACAUCUUUUAAAACUCUCAUUCUUAUUUUCAAAUCCCAUCAUGGCUUUGCCUCCAUCGUCUCUUGCACUCCUGUAAAUGUAACCUUUUUCAGCAUCCCCAAUUUUUAAUCUUUUCAGUCAUGAUCAUGUCUUCAGAUAUCAAGCGACUGUGCUCCUCUUGACUGAAAACAACAAAUGUUGGAGAUUACAGGAUGUCAGACAGCAUUCAUGGAGAGAUAGCACAUCAUCUAGACUUGAAACGUUUGCUUGCUCUCUUUCCAUGGAUGCUGUCUGACCUGCUGUGAUCGCCAGCAUUUGUUGUUUUCAGUACAGAUUGCAGCAUCUGAAGUAAUUUGCUCCGAGACUAUGCUCUUGGUUCCUUCCUGUACCUCAGCUUACCACUAUCGUUUCCUUUAAUGAUGUUUUGACCAUGCUUUUGUUGAUCUGUUUCAUGUUUCCUAUGGAUAUGAACUUUUUUUAAAAAAGGGCCAGUAUUCCCCAUUAGUUAACACUCCCAUAGUAGCUAGAUUUGAUCCAUAUAUUCUUUUGUUAUAAGAUUGUAUUGUGGCUUUUUUAGAA